CUAACCACGCGGACGAAGUCGGGGGCAACAGCUAGUUUCUUUAUAUGAAAAGAUUCACCUUUUAAGACCUUUAUUCCUUAUUUUUAUGAAGGCAUUUGAAGCAAUAGAGUAAUGUUUUACUGUUAAAUGUAAUUGUUUUCAGUUCUCAUGACAGUAAGGGUGAAAACGGCUAAAACUUCCCAUCAAAUAAAGGAAACAAUAAAUACACCGAAAAGAGAUAAUCCAAACUUUGUAAGAGAUCGAAAAUUAGACAGGCUUUGGAACAAGCCGCAAAUGCCGCAGCCUUGGACGAGUCGGUUCCGCUUACCAUUCGAUCCUGCGUGGAUGGACUAUUGCGAUCCCUACCAUUGCAACGAUUAUUACAAAACUGCGUGUGGAUUAAACAGAUAUAACAUGAAAUUCAGAUACUUUCAAAGCACUUGUCAUUUAAUUUUAAAUAACCAAUGUGCUUAUUAUCGGGGCAAUUUGAAGUAUGACUCGAUAAGUUUACAUUUCUGCCGAGCCUACAUCAUGUUCUUGAGGGGGGGAUGCCCUUCACAAUGUGAAGAUGAGGUGGAUCCCGUCUGUGGAAUGAGUCUGGUGGACGGGCAUGUCGUAAUCUUCAAAAAUGCUUGCGCUUUGGAGACUUUUAACUGCAGAAAUUCAACGUUACAAGAAUACGAAAGUGUAUACAUGGAGGUGUGCCAGUUUUAUCGCGGUAAAGAUGAUGAUUAAAAUAAAUCCAGAAAAGUAGAGAUUUU